GGCCCAAGGAAGCGACCAGCAGCCUUCCCCCUCACUGUACGCGCUCCUCUCGCGCGCGGAACCGGCGCCGGUGAACUGGUGGGAGCGGCCUCGGAGGCUUGGAUGGAAUGAAUCUUCCUUGUUGAAUGCAUCCGGUCUGCUUGGUAGAGUUUACUUGUGGAGACACAUUGUCCUUUGGGUUGAAGCCACUUUGUGGCAGACUGAAUUGUGGAUCCCAGAAUCCCAAGCUGCUUGACGAGGAGGAGACAGCUGAAUCACGUUAACUUGACAUCACAGCCACAAUGGUGCUGUCACAGAGGCAACGAGAUGAACUAAACACAUUGCAGACGCCUGAUCUCCCCGGAGACCUAGAGAUAAAUCGAGCGAUAGCAGAUUACCUUCGUUCUAAUGGCUAUGAAGAGGCAUACUCUGUUUUUAAAAAGGAAGCAGAGCUUGAUGUGAAUGAAGAGUUAGAUAAGAAGUAUGCUGGACUCUUGGAAAAGAAAUGGACAUCAGUUAUAAGAUUACAAAAGAAGGUUAUGGAAUUGGAAUCCAAACUAAAUGAAGCUAAGGAAGAAUUUACUUCAGGUGGACCACUUGGUCAGAAGCGAGACCCUAAAGAAUGGAUCCCUCGUCCUCCAGAAAAGUAUGCGUUGAGUGGACACAGGAGUCCUGUCACAAGAGUAAUUUUCCAUCCAGUUUUCAGUGUUAUGGUUUCUGCUUCAGAGGAUGCCACAAUAAAGGUAUGGGAUUAUGAGACAGGUGAUUUUGAACGAACCCUGAAGGGCCACACAGACUCAGUGCAGGAUAUUUCCUUCGACCACAGCGGCAAGUUAUUGGCCUCCUGCUCUGCAGAUAUGACAAUUAAGCUAUGGGAUUUCCAGGGCUUUGAGUGCAUCAGAACCAUGCAUGGUCAUGAUCAUAAUGUUUCUUCAGUAGCCAUCAUGCCCAAUGGGGAUCAUAUAGUCUCUGCCUCGAGGGAUAAAACCAUCAAAAUGUGGGAAGUUCAAACAGGCUACUGCGUGAAGACUUUCACGGGGCAUAGAGAAUGGGUCCGCAUGGUGCGGCCUAACCAGGAUGGCACGCUGAUUGCCAGUAGUUCUAAUGACCAGACGGUGCGUGUCUGGGUGGUAGCAACAAAGGAGUGCAAAGCUGAGCUCAGAGAACAUGAGCAUGUGGUAGAGUGCAUCUCUUGGGCUCCAGAGAGCUCUUAUUCCACCAUAUCGGAAGCUACGGGAUCUGAGACUAAGAAGAGUGGCAAGCCUGGGCCUUUCCUGCUUUCUGGCUCUAGAGACAAGACCAUUAAGAUGUGGGACAUUAGUACUGGCAUGUGCCUUAUGACACUUGUGGGCCAUGAUAACUGGGUACGUGGCGUCCUGUUCCAUUCUGGGGGGAAAUUUAUUUUGAGCUGUGCUGAUGACAAGACCUUGCGUGUCUGGGACUACAAGAACAAAAGAUGCAUGAAGACUCUCAAUGCGCACGAACACUUUGUUACCUCGUUGGAUUUCCACAAGACAGCGCCCUUUGUGGUUACCGGCAGCGUAGAUCAAACAGUAAAAGUGUGGGAGUGCCGUUGAUUGAAUUCACACCUGGCCCACCCCCCUCUUUCCCUCCCCCUCUGGAUGCACUCGGAUACCAUGGUUACCCAUUGAGCUCUGUUUAAAAUAAAUAUUGUCCUUUCAUGUAAAUUAUUCUGGAUGUAGAUUGAGCUUAUUAAAUGUUACACACAAAGUAUUCAUGCAUGGUGAAUCCAAAUUGUAUACUGUAAAUUUACAUACGUUGUCUAGAAGUACCAUAGGUUUAAGGACAUGGGCUGGCAUUGGUCACAUCAGACCUGCGAAGGCAGAAGCUGGUUGGUUGAAUUAAGGGCACUUAAACCAGCAGCAGCAGCAGCAGCAGCAGCAAAAUCCCGUUCUGUGCUGGAUAAACUGAACACCCGUUCUCUUCUGUUGGGUGGUGCCUAUAACUAGUGACUCUCAUACGGAUUCUUUUUUUGGGUGGGGUGGGGAGGGCUCUUUCAAGAAACACGUAUCUCUGUAACAACAUCACUUAAGUGUGCUUAAGAAAUCUAAGGAUACUAGAUAAACAAGGCUGCAACUUAGAACCUUAUGUAAUUAAUGGAAACUAAUUAAAACUUCCAGUUUUUUCUCGUCCUGAUAUAUUUGCCAAAUCAAUAGGAUAUAUUUUUAUUUUGGCUUCCUAUCACGUUUAAAAAAAAAAAGAGGUUAGUAUCCUGAUACUAACAAGCUGCAAUAUAGGAAGAGAAACCUUGGUAUGAUGUGACGUGUAUUUUUUUUUAAAGAAAUGGUUGUUGGAGUUCUAUUGCAUUCUAACACUUGGAGCUUAAUGCUUUCCAUGCAAAAUGUGUCUUAGGGAGUCUGUCGGCCUUGCUUGAACGUAGCUCUUAACUGGACAGUUGGACUCAAUCUCCCAGUUGACUCCUGACAGUUCAGCUUUCUGUUGGCUUUGGUUGUGGUUUAUCAGGCUUGUGCGAUGUCCACAAUAUCUGAGGGUGUCCUCUCUCCUCCCCUGCUUUCCCUGGUAGUUGGUGAGUGUGCAGCAAACAGGGUAAUAGUGGUGUGAUUCCCUCUCCUUUCCAGUUAGCGAAAAGGUCUGAAAGCAGGACAGGGAGCCACAGGAUGGUCAGAUGUGAUGGGACAUGAGAGCAGAGUUUGCAGUGCUCCAAAAAAAGCACUGUAGAAAGAAAGAAAAAAAGAAGGAAAGAAAGAAGGAGGGAAGGAAACAGGAGGAGGAGGACCACUUAUGCUAGCAGGUACAUUGCAAGCUUCUAGAUAACCUUACAACCGCAUGUUAAAUCCACCUGCUGACAUGCAAAAGCCUGCUCUUGUUACAGAGUUUUGAAGCCAGCUUCAGUUUGGAAGCUGCCCCCUUAAUUUGAAGAACUCUAAAAGAAAGAAAUGCCCCCCAAUUCAUCUUUUUUCCAAGGAGCAAGCAUCGUUCAAUCAGCCUUUUAUUGGUCACGUUCUGUUAUAGGCAUUUUUAAGUCCAGCCCUUCACUAACCAGGUCUGUUCCAAAAAUCCACGUACCCCAGUCUGGACAAACUGCCGGUCUGACAAAUUUUAACACACAUGAAGUAUUUUGUUUUGUUAGCUCUGUGGCUUUUAAAAGAACUGGCCCUUAAAACAAAAAAGCAACAAAACCCCCCACUUGUUUGGAGGGUUACUUGCAUGUCAGUAGAAAUAAGGCUUAAUCACACAUUUUGGUUCACCCGCAAGGAGGAUUUUUUGGUGCUUGGCUUCUUUUACGGGAGCUGGGAAACCAAAGGCAGUGAAUGACUUGAAAGGGUGGGGAGUAAGUUAGGCUGCAAGUCCUGACUUCUGGAGAAUGCAGUUUUUUAGUGAGCAAGCUUCCCACAAGCCGAAUCUUACACAUUUUGAAGUCUUAACCCUCGUUUUUAAGCUGUUUUUGACAGGAAAUUCAUUGCUGUUUUUGCCUUUUUGAGAAUUUCUGAAUCUGUAGUGGGGCAGUCAUAGCAAUGCUGGUUAGCAAUUGUAAAGUAAUUCUUGGCUGAGGUGUAGAAAUCCUGGUUCUUUUCUUUUUUAAGGGUUAAAGGUAAACUCUGCAUUUACAGACUCUGUGAAUCUAUGGUACCUAUUAACAUGGGAGCUUGACCACUAUUCCCUUCACUCCUUUGAACAUAAUACAUGGUUUUAGGAUAAAAAAGGAACCAUUUUGUAGCCUCUAGUAGUCACGAAACCUCCUUGGCAUUGAGUAACUUUAAAAUUGUAAGCUACACGUCCAUUUAGCCGGUUUACAAUAAUAAGUGCAUUACCAUGAGUGGUUGUAGACUGCACCAGCAGUUACACCCCUGGUUUUAAAACAAAAGAAAAUGGAAAAGGGGAGAAGUUGGUGGUGUGGUGGAGUUGUCCCUAGGAGUUGGCUUUUGUGGUCUCUCUGGCUAUCUUAAUCCUGUGCCUUUUCUUUUUCUCCCGUGAAGAGUCUCAAGCGCUGAGGUUUACUGGUUUGGAUUGAAAGAGGAUUUUUAAAAAAUAUAUCAGAAGGUAUUCAGGAGUGUAUUGCUGUGUGUUACGUCACACAAAGAGUGGCAUUCUGUUUUUAAAACUGAAAGGGCAGUGGUCAAGCACCACACUUCCAAACAGACCAGUUUCGGUGUCCAGUCUCUUGAAACAAAGCCACAAAUACAUACCUAGACAUGUAUAUCAACACACACACACACACAUUCCAGAACUGCAUGGAUUAUUAAGAUGUGCCCAGGAAAAAAUUAAUAAAUCCUAGAUUCAUUUUUCUUUUUGAAAGUGCAAAAUCCACCCUCCCCUCUUUUUUGAUUUGGACACAAUCUGAGAGCUGAUGACUUGGAGCAUCCUGCACUUUACCAUUUUCAUUUUAAAGCCGUCCUGCUUUUGUGUGUGGUGUGACCAAUGAAGUGCCCAGGGCACAAUUUUUUUUUUUAAAGAAACCCCCAGAAAAUACUAGUUGCUAGCAAGUUGUCAAGCUGUGGAGCACUGUAGUAUUUUGAAAGCUUUGGCUCUCGCCUCACCAAGCUACCCCUACCCCUCCACCCCUGGUCUAAUCUGUUGACACCUGGCUGCUUCUCCCAUUUACCUCUAAACUCUCUCUCUUUUUUUUAAUGUGAAAUGAACUGCCUGUUUAAAUCAUUCUUAAAUAGCUUUCUCUUCUCCUCUCACCUCACUUCUCUGCCCGUCCCUCAUCCCAUCUUCCCACCCCAUGAAAGCUAUUUAAAAGGAUACGGUUUGGGUUGGGUUUUUCCUCCGCAGUGGCUUGAUAAUCCUGACGUGGAUUGUUUUGAGUGCAAAAUUUUAACAGAAUUUGAAUGAAGGAAAAAAGAAAAAGAAAAAAUCCACUUAAUUAUUCCAUAUUCUCACUCUGGCUGUGUAUAUUUAAAAAUAAAUAAAUACCCAGGGUACUAGCUACUGCAAAACCUCUCCAUUAGUGGCAGAAAUGAUGUGUAUAAAAUAGGGAAACUUGUUUGGGAGGUUUUCUUUUUUUGUGGGGGGGGGCAGAGGGUGGGCAAAAGUUUGAGCCAGAUUGGCAAGUCAUGACUGGAUGUUAACCAGCCUUUUUUAUUCUCUUUCUGCUGUGUCCUUGUAAGUAACCACUUUCUUGUCCUAAGCAUAUCCUUCAAGCUGUCCAAAGUUCUUUCUGAAGAGAAUUAGCAAAAUAUUCCACGUUUUUAGAAGUUUGAUCCCAACACUGACAUGACGACAAGCAUCUUUAUUUCUCUCUCUCCCCCCCCAUAAGAACGGUGUAGAGAUUGCCAUUGGAGAAAGCUUCCCCCCUCACCCCCCAGACUGUAGGAGUUAACUGAAGAUAUUGACACAAUUAAAAUUAAAAAAAAAUCAGUAAAGGAAUGUAUAUAAUACUGCUCUGUGUUUUACAGUAAGAUUUGUUGCUCUCAGACUGUGUAAAACAAAAUUUAUUCAUGUUUUCUGCAUAUUAAAACAAAAAUCUUAUUGUACCAAUUGGUAAACUAUUAAAUGCAUAUAAAACUAAA